CGCGAACGCGCACGUCGCGGGUUGGAUGGGGGCGGAUCCGACGCUGCUGCAGCUGUCCAUGGUUGUGUAGUGGUCCGACUCCGGGAUGCUGCUUCAGUGACACCGCCGUCCUCGCCCAGAACCCGCCCGGAACCGUCUCGCCUUCGUCACAUCGACCGACUGAAAGCCUCUUGGACUGAGCAAAUCAUGGCUGACCACCAGAGGCAGCGUUCCCUCUCCACUGCUGGGGAGUCGCUCUACCAUGUGCUGGGAGUGGAGAAGCUGGCGACAGGCGACGACAUCAAGAGAUCGUAUAGAAAACUGGCGCUGAAGUUCCAUCCCGACAAGAACCCCGACAAUCCCGAGGCGGCCGACAAGUUCAAGGAGAUCAACAACGCUCACGCCAUCUUGAACGAUCCCACUAAACGCAACAUCUACGACAAGUAUGGCUCCCUGGGCCUCUACGUGGCCGAGCAGUUCGGAGAGGAGAACGUCAACACCUACUUUGUCUUGUCCAGCUGGUGGGCCAAGGCGCUCUUUGUCUUCUGCGGUCUGGCCACCGGCUGCUACUUCUGCUGCUGCCUCUGCUGUUGCUGCAACUGCUGCUGCGGCCGCUGCAAGCCACGACCACGUGAGGGCCAGGACCAGGACUUCUACGUCUCCCCGGAGGACCUGGAGGCCCAGCUGCAGUCUGACGAGAGAGAGGCCGGCGGCGACCCCAUCAUGAUGCAGCCAUCAGCUACAGAGACCACCCAGUUAACGUCAGAUGGCCACUACUCCUACCACACCGACCCGGGCUUUAACUAACCUGGCCCCCCGUCACCCCUCGCCUGUGGCCCCGCCCCGCCCUGGUCUCCAAGGAGGACCGAGGAUAUCAUGUUUCGCCACAAGGAGGCGAGGGACCUCAGUGCACGGUCUAUGACAGGAACUGAUGACAUCACAUCCCUCAAGCCUUCUGAUUGGUCUGCAAAGUUCCCAGAAGAAAAUGAUCAAAGAAAUACUUUUUAGUUUUUUUGUAUUACGGCCUCAUUCUGCACCCAACUCCUGUCCCCUGCGCCCUCCUCCCUCCCCCCCGUCCCCUGUCCCAUGGUCGUGUAGCAUGCACUGUCCCGAUGUUCUAAAUGUCUCUGAUCUUUUCACCCACUCAGACUGAACAUUCUGUGAUCACAUUCAUGAGCUCCAAGCAUGAAGUUUACGUUUGUUUCAUGCUAACAGGAAGUCAACCCAGAGUCGAGGGAGGAUGGCGGUGAGUGACAUCAUCAGAGCCGUCACUCAUGGUUGUUUUGACUCCAGUAGUGUGGCGUUGUCACCCCGAAACCUCUCUGCGUCCAGUGAUAUCCAAAUAUAUUGCGUGGUUUAUGCAACAUAGGUGAGAUAAAUCUGAAAACCUGUAUAGAUAUAUAUAUAUUAUUAAAGCCGACGCACAACCUCUGAACUCUUUUCAUGGCAACAACAUCGUGACUCGAAUGUUCACUUCAGUUCAACAUCACAACAUAUACUACUGAACAUUGUAUGUCAGACCAGUCAUGUAUUUUUUAUAUCAGACUCAGAUUAUUGAUCAGUUAUUGUUGUACCACAGACCAAAUAUGAGUCAGUUAUUGAUUAAAUAUUGAUGGUGACAGACACAUUUGUCGGAGGAGAGACCGACCACUGAGCUGCUCAUGUGACCGCAGGUGGAAGGGAAAAUUAUUGUAUCUUGAUGUUGUCCAUGAUGAGUUGAUGCUGGUGUCAUAUCAUAGAUGAAUAUUUUUCAUAAUGCUUGUGUCGGUUCACCUGGGACACAACUUCUGUGUUCAACUUUCAACAUUUCCCGGCCAGCUGGAGUGCGCCCCCUGCUGUUGGUGGUGUGGAUGUUGACGUCUGUGAUGCCGUGUGACGUUUCCUGUGACCAUUACUGACCCUGUUGCUUCCUCAUCGAGAUUCUGUGUGUUUGGUGAGGAGGACACUCCGCCUUCGCUGUUGUGACCAUGGUAUCUUUCUUUCCGCGGUGAGCUGGUGUGUUGUGCCGUGAACAGACACACCUGUAGAGAAUAUUUCUGUUGUCGCAUGGUAACAUGAGUCUGGAAGAAAACCUUUGGUGUUGAAUAAAUGUUCCUGAACUUG